AUGUGCUGGCCACUGGCCAUCUUUGGAUCAUUUGCCAAAUCUACAGAGCAAAAGAAUUUCAUCAGCAGACGGCUAGAGGAGCUGUCGUUGAUGUAUGCAACGCAAAGCGUUCGAGACACUCAGAGACUAUUGGAGAUGAUCUGGGAGCAAAAGGACCCUGAUAUGGAAAGCCCACUUUGUUUUGCCGACUUUAUGAAGAAGGAGG